UCGUGACGCAGCAUCAGCUGACUGCAGAGGAAGAGCAGUCCUCCGUCGACCUUCGCUGUUCAGCUUCGUUUCUCCGGUUCUUGUCCGUUUCGUCCUUCGGUUCUUGCUCCGGUCUGUCCAGCUCCGCUUCCCCGGCAUGGCGAGUCAGUCUCAGGGCAUCCAGCAGCUGCUGCAGGCUGAGAAGAGGGCCGCGGAGAAGGUGGCCGAAGCCCGCAAACGUAAGAAUCGGCGUCUGAAGCAGGCCAAGGAGGAGGCCCAGGCUGAGAUCGAGCAGUACCGCCUGCAGAGGGAGAAAGAGUUCAAGACCAAAGAGGCUGCUGCUCUUGGUUCCCAUGGUAACAGCGCUGUGGAGGUGGACCGUGAUACAGCGGAGCGGAUGGGUCGCAUCCAGAACAGUUACCGUGGUAACCGGGAGGCGGUCCUGGGCGAGCUGCUGCGACGCGUCUGCGACAUCCAGCCGGAGUUUCAUGCAAACUACCGUGUGGCUGGCUGAGGGGCGGAGCCAUUACUAGGACCAGAGGGGCGGGGCAGACAUGGAGAGACGGCCGUUAGCUUGGUUAGCUCGGUUAGCGACCUGACGGUGUGGAAGCUGUUAUCUGGACAGUGUGUUAUCGCCAUGGUUUCAUCUGGACAGUGUCUCCUCAUGUGUUCCUGCUCCACUGGAAGAUGGCACCCCAUGUUGUUGUUGUUUACAGAGUAUUUAUAUUUCACGGUCAACCUUUAAUUUCCUCCUGAACCUGAAAGUCUCCAGCCAGUCAAAAUGAACCAGCAAGGCUCUGAUUGGUUGUUUUAUUUGCAGCUCUCUGAUCACUGAUCUGAUUGGCUGGCUGGAGGAAGAGUAACAGCUUUUCAUGUAAACCCGAACAGUUCCGCUUUGCUUGUGACCAUGUGACUUCCUGUUGUUGUUUGUGACCAUGUGACUUCCUGUUGUUGUUUGUGACUGUGACUUCCUGUUGUUGUUAAGAUGAAAAAUAUUAAAGUGAACGUUGAUUGGC